AUGCACUUGUUCGAGCCCCGAAUUGUCGCAAAUUUUGGCCAAAAAUCGACGGAUGAUCCGGUGGGCAUGUCUAAAAUAAUAUUAAUUUUGAAAGGUCAUUUCCUUCACUGGAACAAAAGAUAAAGUAAUAUUCGGGACUCAUAAAGGCAAAUUGAUCCGUUGUCGAAUGGAAGCAGAUCAGCUUGUUUACGAUAAAAGCGUUAUGCUUUCAAGUGUAAGUUUACAUCUGAAAAAAUUUAAUCUUAAUUGAAGUUUAGCAAAACGCCAUACAGCAACUAUCGUAUGUCCCGCACAACGACUUGUUGAUGGCCGUAGUGGCUGACGGAAUUGUUCACAUAACAGAAUCAACUCUGACUGUAAGUUUUUUUCCCAAUAUUUUUUAUGUUUUUAGUUGUUAGCGACAACUGGAGCGGGUUCUGUUCUUUCAAUGGCCGUGAAUGCUGAUUCUAUUGGUCAGACCGCCGCCGAAGGGGUUUUAUUUGCCGUGGCGACUAACAAAAAGAGCAUUCUCAUUUGCAAACGAACGCAGGAGGACAAAGAAGUUACAGUGGACGUGUUGGAGAAGAUAAAUGUUUCUGGAGAAGUUUCGUUGUUGAGUUUCAGUGCGAAUUCCAUCUGCUAUGUGAUGGAUUCGAGGUAUUUUGUUGUCUCGUUGAGAGGUGGAGCGAGAGAACAUCAUGAACUGAUAGCUACAGAGGAUAAAGCGAUAAUUGAAGCAAUCAGAAGGGUGAGCUGGUCGAAAAAAAUUAUUUUUGUUUCUAAUUUUUAGGAUGAAUACUGUAUAAGUGCCGAUGAUGGUCUCUUAGUCUUUGUCGACUCAAAAGGAGUCUCAAAUCGGCCACCCAUAUCGACAAAUAUUAAUGUUCUUCAAGUCUGUUUUAUUGAUCCACUCUUAUAUGUGGUUGGACACAAUCAUCUCCUCAUUUACAAGUAUGUUUUCUACUCUGUUUUUGAUGUUAUUUUUUAGUUUAAAUGAUGAAACCUUCAAAGUUUCGAUUUCUAUUCCGAAUUUAUCGCAUGUCACUUCCACUGAGCAUGGAGUAUAUCUUUUGACCGAUGAAAAGGUGGUGAUGAAGCUGGAUCUUGCGGAUUAUGAAGGUUAUGUGAGUUUACCAAACAUCUUCAAUUGUGAAUUUGUAUUUUAGAUCCAAAAGUUGUACGAAGAGGAUCCGAAAAAAGGCCUUGAAGCCUUGGAAAAGCUGAAAUCAGCGUUGUGUCAUAAUUCGAAAGUUCAAAAUGUGAGUUUUUUAUUAUUAUUUUUUGAUUUUUAGUUUAUCCAAACAUUCCUCGAGAAAAUGGCUGUGAAAUACAUUGAGGAAGGAGACCAAGACGAAGGCCUCAGAUUAUUUAUCGAGUCGGACGCAGAUCCAAUCGUAAUCUUGUCAAGAAUCCGAAAAUUGAACACGCAAGCUGCGCAGGAGAUGAUAUUCAAAGAAAUUGAGCUCGCGGAUGAUAAGAUUAUGGAGUUUUUGGAGGCAUCGCUACUUAAAUCGGAAGAAAAUGAAACGAAAAAUGAAAUUAUGUCGUAUCUGAUCAGAUUGGAACUCCUCAUGGAUAAAAUAAAUUUGGAUCACCUCAACGAAAGCUUGUUAUUCGAUGACGAGCUUAGGGAAUGGAUCCUGGAGAAUGGAUAUCACUCGUUGGCGGCCGAGAUUUGUUUUGAGAAUGGGCUGAAACAUGAGGGAUUGGAAAUUUGGAAGGAGUUUGCGGAGAAAAAUGAUGGAAAAAAGGUGGAUUUCGAUGGAUUAAUGUUCCGAUUGGGAACAAUGUAAGUUUGUUUUGGUAGGGAAUUUUAUUGAGAGUAAAUAAUGAAGAUUUUACAGUCAAAAUAGCACGUUUUUUAAUCUUAUUUUACCUUUUUUUUGAAAAAUGAUGAUUUUUUGUGUUUUUGCAACUUUUUUUCUACCAUGGCAAUUGAAUCUGGUCUUAACUCAACGAGUCAACUCUAAUUUGACAUUUUAAGACCUAAAGACGGCAAUAAUUCCAUUAUCACUCACUUUGAUGACCUUAUUUUAGGUUGGAUGAGCCCUGUCUAAUCCAAAAAACCCUGCAGUGGCUGGCCCCGAAAUCCCCGGAAAACGCGAUGGAAAUUAUAAAUCAGCUGCCAAACUUGGAUUUCGAAUGGAUUUUAUCCAAUUUCAACACACAUAGCAAGAGAUUUGUCAUCGAUUAUUUCUCCCGAAAUCUUUUGGGUAAAGAUGUGGUAUGUUGAUGCCGUUUUCACAAAUUUUUUUUGUUAUAGUCGCAUGAUGUCUUGAUCGAAGUCAUAAGAAUCUACUCGAAAUUGAUUGAAGAAGAUUUGUUGGACCAGAAUCUAAGGAGAGACUUUAGAAAUCUCAUCUUUAAUAUCAAUUAUUCGGAGGAAAUUGCGGAAAUUUUGAAGAAAAAUGAGUGUUUGAAGUUUGAAAAUGCCGUCUUCUCAUCAAAAGUAAGUGUAAACUGCGAUAUGGUGAAGCACGCUAUGUAUGGUAUCAAUAUUGUACAUGAAAUUUUCAGCUGGAAAAUGUGGUAGAGAGACUGAGUUCGUUAUUGGAAGAGGAUCUGGAUCUUGCUGAAGCUUUAUUCCUUCGAUUUUGCGAUCAAAAGCCGGAGAUUGUCUACAUUAUUGCACCGUUUUAUCUGAAGGAAGAAAAGUAAGUGGUAAAAUACAAAUAUGGCUACUGUUUUACCCAAAUUAUGCGUCUGUAGAGUGAUCAUAAUGCUGUAAUAUGAAGUUGGGACAAGUAUUUUAUCGGUGGAGCCUUUCUGACCAAUCUGACAUAUUAGGCAGGCAACCAAAUUUUCUUACAAACUCGUUAUACGGUAUUUUUUUCUGAACUUCCGAUGUAUUUGACCAUCUUCAUCUUCAUAUGGUCGGUAUAGUGAACUUGUAAAUUUUAGUCCCUGUUUCUGCUGUAAAGGAUUCAGUAUAGAUUUAUAAUUAGGAUGGAAACAAAAAUUUAUACGGUCAUAAUAUACUGACCUUCCAGAUGAAGCACUGUGCAUGUCGCUGUUUUCAGUCCGGCGACUUUCCGGAGGGGUUUUUUUUUAAAAAUGCGCUACUCAGAAACGACCGGUAUCUUUAGAGGAAAUUCAGCGACUUUCCGGAGGGCUAAGUAAAUAUUAUAGUUUGGGAAAAUUUUUGGUUAGUUCGUGACAUGAAUUUUCUGCAAAGUCGGAGCUGGAAAUCCCGCAUACUUGUAUCUUUAAAAAAUUUGUUCAAUAUUAGUGCCAAGUAGAUCGAAAUAUAAUACCUUCUAGCCUCUCUUCUAACCUUGUUUUCCAGAGAUCCCACCUUCCAAAACCGAUUCCUCCACCUUCUUUCGCAGACUCGCCCCUUCAGAGGAGUCGAAAAAUUAUUUCCCAAACUCUCUUCGGCAUCCCCGGCUGAACUCCUUACAGUGAUCCACAAUUCCAUCGAACGGGUAGAAUCUGACCUCCAAACAUUGAAGAUCAGAGAAGCACUGAAUGAAUGUGUAAUAUCAACAACAGCUCACACAAAGAAGGAAAAGAAGGGAUUCUGGACGAAAGAGGGGGAUCGUUGUGACAUUUGUAGAGAAAGCUUGGAUCAAGAGAACAUAUCGUUCCUUAGGGAUGUUGCUGUCCAUACGAAAUGUGUUAGAAGGGUGUGA